AUGUUUUGUUUACAACUCAAACUACCACUCAGAAGGUUUUGUAAUCACGUAGACAAUGUGGUCACUUCAAAAGCCAAACCAAUUAACAUUCCCAAUCUGAAUAUACCAGAAUUUAUUUGGCAAAAUUUAGAUAAAUGGCCUAAUCGAACGGCAAUUACGUGUUUCGAAUCUGGAAAAAGUUACACUUACGAACAACUUUUUAAAAAAAGUUUAUCAGUAGCUCACUCCCUUCGAGAUGUCUUUAAAUUGACAAGGCAAGAUACUAUAGGAAUAGUGUUACCCAACGUUGCAGAAUACCCGAUAAUUGUGUUAGGAGCUCUGCAGGGCGGUUUUAGGGUAACAACAGUCAAUGCCCAAUACACGUCGGACGAAAUUAGAAGACAGUUGAUAAACUCUAAAUCCAAGCUUGUUUUUACCUUAGCUGAGCUGGUACCACUGGUACGCGAGACCACUUCCAUUCCAAUUGUAGCACUUGGAACCAGAAGUGGUACCAGUGGUAUUAAUUUUCAAGAAAUUGUGUCAAAACAAGGUGGUAACUUUAUUGAAAAGGUGGGAGCCGACGAAAUUGCUUUUCUUCCGUAUUCUAGCGGAACCACUGGUCUUCCUAAAGGGGUCGAACUGACCCAUUCUAGUAUCAUAACGAAUCUAAUGCAACUAGCGUCACCCGAAUUUACCUUAAUACCUCAAGAACCUUUAAAAAUUCCUGGUUAUUUGCCAUUUUGCCACAUUUACGGUCUUGUAGUCACUCUUUUAUACACAUUUUUACGAGGUGCUACAGUCAUAGCAAUGCCAAAAUUUUCACCAAAUCAUUUAGUCAGAAUAUUGAAAAAACGGCAAGCCGACGUAAUUUUUGGCGUACCUCCUAUUGUACAAUUACUUGGCCAACAUCCAAACAUUACAACCGAAGAUUUGCUUCCACUCUAUUUGAUAACCUCAGCAGCCGCGCCCUUAGCCCCAGCAACCAUCCACCAACUCCGCACAAAAACCAACAAUAAAGUAAAAUUUUUGGAAGGCUACGGCAUGACCGAAACUUCCGCUGCUGCCAUAAUCCAAACUUCGUUUCUCGAAAAUGGUGUUAAAAUUGGUGGCAGCGGCCUUGUACUCCCCAACAGCCAAGUCAAAAUAAUCCCAAAAGACGGCUCAACAAUGCAAGGUCUUCCACAAAACCAAGCAGGAGAACUCAUCCUCAAGGGCCCUCAUGUGACCAAAGGCUACCACAACAACCCCGAUGCCACCAAAAGUGUUUUCAUCGACGGCUGGCUCCGAACUGGCGAUUUAGCUUAUUACGAUGAGCACCAGCAUUUUUUUAUCAUCGGACGUUUGAAAGACAUUAUUAAAGUAAAAGGGUUUCAAGUGGCACCGACUGAGCUGGAGGAGGUUUUGAAGCAACAUCCCCUAGUGGUGGAUUGUGCAGUUGUGGGAAUCCCGGAUAGUGUUUCAGGGGAAGCACCCAAGGCUUUCGUUGUGGCCAAAUCGCCGGUUUCGGAGAAAGAAUUAAAGAAUUUUGUCGCCAAGAAAGUUUCAAAGUAUAAAAGACUGAAAAGGGUCGAGUUUGUUCAAGCAAUUCCUAGGUCUCCCACAGGGAAAAUUUUAAAGCAAGGAUUGCAAUAAUAAAAUAAAACGAUUUUAAAAUAAAAAUAAUAAAAUAAAAUGUAAACGAUUUCAAAAUACGAGAUGUUAUGCAACCAAUAUUACGGACACACGUGUGAUGCAACCUUAAUUUCGUAAUCAGC